AUGGAGCCAACUGAGUCCGAUGCCUUCGAGGUUCCUAAACCGCCAGAGACCGAUGGCCCAGAGGAGGUCGAGGAGCCAGAGAAGAAGAGGCCAGCCCUUCCUUCUUGGGCGGUCCUCCCGUGGCUGGCGCUGCUGGCCGGUUUGCUCCUGGUGCCGCUUUCUAUCGGUGCAGAGGUCGCUGCAGAGCUACGUGUGGAGGCCUCCGGCCUCGUCAGAGCGGCCGGUGGAGGCACUGCCGCAGCGGCAGGGGCAACAACCCAAAGCACCCUCCAAGAGUUGCAGACGCUGCCGGAGGCAGACUUACGUCGCAUUCGAGACUGCAGCUUCGUGCAUCACGGCACUUUCCAUCGACUCCGGGUGGCCAGUCUCGUCCGCACCCGGACAGAUGUUACGAUUGUCGCCCCGGACCGGGCCACGCUUCAAAUAGGCGCGCAGCGCGUGAUCUUCUCCCGGCCCUUCGCAGGGUCCCAGGAGGUAGAGCCGGAUCCGUCGAAUGAUGGCCCCCCGUCCGGCUGCACGUUUACAGGCAGGACCGACGUCUCGCAGGCAAAGCCUGGAUCGCGGUAG